AUGGCAUCGGCGGAGAUGAGGUCGCCGCUUCAACCACACGACCUCUCGAAGGAGGAUCGCGAACGACUGAAGGACUAUCUUGACACGAGCGAUAAGCCGUUCUCUGUAGAGACACAACCACUUAAUCGGAAACGCAAGCGAGCAGGUACACCACUCCCUAUCCAAGAGGGCCUCUUCGAAGAGCGGUUAAACGUUCGGUACAAGGUGAAGCCAAUGAACAAUUGGGAAAGUCUGAGGAAGUACAAGAAGUUCACUGUAGGCAACGAGAGCAUCGGGACAGGUGAAUGCAUCCUUGUUAAGCACGAUGCCGCCGAAUCGCAGAGCAUCGACGUCGCUGCGCAGUGGAAGGCAAAAGUACUCGACAUCAAAGCUUUUGAUCAGGAGCAUGUCUACCUAAGAGUCGCAUGGCUCAACCGGCCCGAAGACCUUGAUACAGGUCGUAAAGCGUACCACGGCAAGAACGAGUUGAUUCCGACGAAUCAACUGGACGUUAUCGACGCUAUGACUGUUAACGGUAGACUUGAUGUGUAUCACUGGGAGGAAGCAGACGAUGAUAGUCAGAUGCCGGAUCCAGACGAGCACUUCUGGCGUCAGACCUACGAUUUCGUUACUACAAAAACUUUCUCUGCAUUGCGUCUGAUCUGUACCGAUCGUGCGCCACAGAAUCCAGACGAAAUGAUCGUCCAGUGCUCUAAUACGGACUGUCGCAAAUGGAUGCAUCUGCGGUGCAUUGCUGAAGAUGCAGUAAGUCGAGCUGCAGACGGCUCGCCGCCAAAGAAGAAGAAAAACGGAAAGCGCAAAAGCAAGGCCGACAAUGUUGUCUUAACGGCCGAAUCACCUGCUCUUGCCGCUGCUUGGAAAGGCUCGUUCACAGCGCUUGUUUAUGUCAAAGGCGAGCCGAAAGAUGCAGGGGAGAAGCGAGCAGCUUCGACGAAGAUCGUGAUCCGCGAUGUCGACGAAGACCAGGAGGAAGAAUUGGACGUGAGGUGUCUGUUUUGCCACAGUAUCGUGAACGAUUGA